AUGAUUGGCACUUCCAUUUGGGAGCUCGUCUUUAUACGCGCCUGCAUCUUCGUGAUCCAGCACAGCAUCCCCUUGGCAGGCUGCAUCGCCUUCAUCCUGCUGGCUACGCAGUGGCCGAGCAUCGCCUUCUGGGUAUUUGGCUGUCUCUUCGGGCUAGAUCUACUGUACUGCAUCUGCCUGUACCUACCUUUCAAAGCUCGCUUGAGUGGAUUGGCAAAACACCCCCAACUCCACUCGCGGUCGGAGCGAGAUGCCCUCUUCCGUCAGUGCUGCGAGAACAUUCCUGACCCCGAGCGCUACCUGCGCCUGUGGUUUCUCGACGCAGACCCAGCAGACAUCAAGCGGGAAAACGUGAGGGAUCUGUUCCUGUGGGCUUUCUUCGAUCGUGGUACGGUGGCCGACCCCAAUGCAGGCCAUGAUGCGGAAGCUCCCGAGACCCUCCAGCACGAGCUUGACGACUACAUCGCCCGGACCGAGCAGCUCCUUGGUCGCCCGCUGAAGCCGGGCAGGGGUUCUGCGGUUCCCCUGCGCCUGACAAUCGACCUCGUUGAAACGCGCUUCAGGAGUCUCUGGUGGUAUGCCGUCGUUGGCCUUGUCGAUUUCGGGACGUACUCUUUCCUGAUCUGGCACGGCUUCCACUUCUACAGCCUGCGGGCAAAGAAAGCACUGGCUGUCUUUCCGACGCGUGUGCCGGCUUUACUACCCACCCUCCCUGGCAAGUUGAGAGUGUUGAAAGCGCCCUCUGCGUCCAGCGAGAUGAGUUACUGGUAUCGCCCACACACGUCGCCAGAUACUCUACCCGUACUGUUCAUUCAUGGCAUCGGCAUCGGUCUCCACCCCUACACCAACUUUCUGUCCGAGAUCCCAGAUGGGACCGGAGUCAUCGCCCUCGAGAUACUCCCCAUCUCCAUGCGUCUCUCCUCUGCGCCUCUUGCCCAGCCAGAAUUCCUACACCACGUGCGGCAGAUCCUGGGCCACCACGGCUGGGAUCGUUUCAUGAUCGUCAGCCAUUCCUACGGCAGCGUCCUGACCACGCACAUCCUGCGGUCUGCCGACCUCGGGCCACGCGUCGAGGCGGUCGUGCUGGUGGACCCGGUCAGCCUCCUGCUGCAUCUGCCAGACAUCGCCUACAACUUCACGCGCAGGAGGCCGCGGCGCGCCAACGAGUGGCAGCUGUGGUUCUUUGCGAGCCAGGACCCCGGCACCGCCCUGGCGCUCGGGAGACACUUCUUCUGGAGGGAGAAUCUGAUCUGGAAGGAGGAGCUGGUUGCGCCGCUGGAUGCGAACGGUGUUGGUGCGUAUUCUGACAAUGGAGUCGUUGAGAGUAGGCGCACGCAGGACGUGCAGCGGAAGAGGAAGGUGGCUGUCUGCCUUUCCGGACGUGAUCUGAUUGUGGACACACUCACCCUUGCCCAGUAUCUCGUUGCAGACCGGGGACUGAGCCGUCUAGAGCCGCAUAACGAAACGGACUUGGCUGAACUGUUGAUGAGCGAGGAGAGCCAGGCUGCUGAUGGGGGUGAUCCUGGUGCUGGUGGCUACAUGACGAAGUUGGGGAUAGAGGUCCUGUGGUUUCCGACUCUGGAUCAUUCACAGGUAUUUGACAAGGAGAGAGAUAGAACGCGUCUGUUGAGCGUUGUCAAGAAAUAUUGUGGCGUCUGA